UCGCGCACGCGCGCCGGGGACUGCCUGCCCCUCUCUGUGACUUGCCUGUGUGUGUGCGUGUGUGUAUGUGUGUGUGUGUGCGCGCGCGCGUGAGUGAGAGAGGAGAGAGGGAGAAGAGAGCGCGAGAGAGGGUGAGUGUGUGUGAGUGCAUGGGAGGGUGCUGAAUAUUCCGAGACACUGGGACCACAGCGGCAGCUCCGCUGAAAACUGCAUUCAGCCAGUCCUCCGGACUUCUGGAGCGGGGACAGGGCGCAGGGCAUCAGCAGCCACCAGCAGGACCUGGGAAAUAGGGAUUCUUCUGCCUCCACUUCAGGUUUUAGCAGCUUGGUGCUAAACUGCUGUCUCAAAAUGCAGAGGAUCUAAUUUGCAGAGGAAAACAGCCAAAGAAGGAAGAGGAGGAAAAGGAAAAAAAAAAAAGGGGUAUAUUGUGGAUGCUCUACUUUUCUUGGAAAUGCAAAAGAUUAUGCAUAUUUCUGUCCUCCUUUCUCCUGUUUUAUGGGGACUGAUUUUUGGUGUCUCUUCUAACAGCAUACAGAUAGGGGGGCUAUUUCCUAGGGGCGCCGAUCAAGAAUACAGUGCAUUCCGGGUAGGGAUGGUUCAGUUUUCCACUUCGGAGUUCAGAUUGACACCCCACAUCGACAAUUUGGAGGUGGCAAACAGCUUCGCAGUCACCAAUGCUUUCUGCUCCCAGUUUUCGAGAGGAGUCUAUGCUAUUUUUGGAUUUUAUGACAAGAAGUCUGUAAAUACCAUCACAUCAUUUUGUGGAACGCUCCACGUCUCCUUCAUCACUCCCAGCUUCCCAACAGAUGGCACACAUCCAUUUGUCAUUCAGAUGAGACCUGACCUCAAAGGAGCACUCCUUAGCUUGAUUGAAUACUAUCAAUGGGACAAGUUUGCAUACCUCUAUGACAGUGACCGAGGCUUAUCAACCCUGCAAGCUGUGCUGGAUUCCGCUGCUGAAAAGAAAUGGCAAGUGACUGCUAUCAAUGUGGGAAACAUUAACAAUGAAAAGAAAGAUGAGAUGUACCGAUCCCUUUUUCAAGAUCUGGAGUUAAAAAAGGAACGGCGUGUAAUUCUGGACUGUGAAAGGGAUAAAGUAAACGACAUUGUAGACCAGGUUAUUACCAUUGGAAAACAUGUUAAAGGGUACCACUACAUCAUUGCAAAUCUGGGAUUUACUGAUGGAGACCUAUUAAAAAUCCAAUUUGGAGGUGCGAAUGUCUCUGGAUUUCAGAUAGUGGACUAUGAUGAUUCCUUGGUGUCUAAAUUUAUAGAAAGAUGGUCAACACUGGAAGAAAAAGAAUACCCUGGAGCACAUACAACGACAAUUAAGUAUACUUCUGCUCUCACCUAUGAUGCCGUUCAAGUGAUGACCGAGGCCUUCCGCAACCUACGGAAGCAGAGAAUUGAAAUCUCUCGAAGGGGGAAUGCAGGAGACUGUCUGGCGAACCCAGCAGUGCCCUGGGGACAAGGUGUAGAAAUAGAACGGGCCCUCAAACAGGUUCAGGUUGAAGGUCUCUCAGGAAAUAUAAAGUUUGACCAGAAUGGAAAAAGAAUAAACUAUACAAUUAACAUCAUGGAGCUCAAAACUAAUGGGCCCAGGAAGAUUGGCUACUGGAGUGAAGUGGACAAAAUGGUUGUUACUCUUACUGAGCUCCCUUCUGGAAAUGACACUUCUGGGCUUGAGAAUAAGACUGUUGUUGUCACCACAAUUUUGGAAUCUCCAUAUGUUAUGAUGAAGAAAAAUCAUGAAAUGCUCGAAGGCAAUGAGCGCUAUGAGGGCUACUGUGUUGACCUGGCUGCAGAAAUUGCCAAACAUUGUGGAUUCAAGUACAAGUUGACAAUUGUUGGUGAUGGCAAGUAUGGGGCCAGGGAUGCAGACACGAAAAUUUGGAAUGGGAUGGUUGGAGAACUUGUAUAUGGGAAAGCUGAUAUUGCAAUUGCACCAUUAACUAUUACCCUUGUGAGAGAAGAGGUGAUUGACUUCUCAAAGCCCUUCAUGAGCCUCGGGAUAUCUAUCAUGAUCAAGAAGCCUCAGAAGUCCAAACCAGGAGUGUUUUCCUUUCUUGAUCCUUUAGCCUAUGAGAUCUGGAUGUGCAUUGUUUUUGCCUACAUUGGGGUCAGUGUAGUUUUAUUCCUGGUCAGCAGAUUUAGCCCCUACGAGUGGCACACUGAGGAGUUUGAAGAUGGAAGAGAAACACAAAGUAGUGAAUCAACUAAUGAAUUUGGGAUUUUUAAUAGUCUCUGGUUUUCCUUGGGUGCCUUUAUGCAGCAAGGAUGCGAUAUUUCGCCAAGAUCCCUCUCUGGGCGCAUUGUUGGAGGUGUGUGGUGGUUCUUUACCCUGAUCAUAAUCUCCUCCUACACGGCUAACUUAGCUGCCUUCCUGACUGUAGAGAGGAUGGUGUCUCCCAUCGAAAGUGCUGAGGAUCUUUCUAAGCAAACAGAAAUUGCUUAUGGAACAUUAGACUCUGGCUCCACUAAAGAGUUUUUCAGGAGAUCUAAAAUUGCAGUGUUUGAUAAAAUGUGGACCUACAUGAGGAGUGCAGAGCCCUCGGUGUUUGUGAGGACUACAGCUGAAGGGGUGGCUAGAGUGCGGAAGUCCAAAGGGAAAUAUGCCUACUUGCUGGAGUCCACGAUGAAUGAGUACAUUGAACAAAGGAAGCCUUGUGACACCAUGAAAGUUGGUGGAAACCUGGAUUCCAAAGGCUAUGGCAUCGCAACACCUAAAGGAUCCUCAUUAAGAACCCCAGUAAAUCUUGCAGUAUUGAAACUCAGUGAGCAAGGCGUCUUAGACAAGCUGAAAAACAAAUGGUGGUACGAUAAAGGUGAAUGUGGAGCCAAGGACUCUGGAAGUAAGGAAAAGACCAGUGCCCUCAGUCUGAGCAACGUUGCUGGAGUAUUCUACAUCCUUGUCGGGGGCCUUGGUUUGGCAAUGCUGGUGGCUUUGAUUGAGUUCUGUUACAAGUCAAGGGCCGAGGCGAAACGAAUGAAGAUGACCUUGAAUGAUGCCAUGAGGAACAAGGCAAGGCUGUCAAUUACAGGAAGUACUGGAGAAAAUGGACGUGUUAUGACUCCAGAAUUUCCCAAAGCAGUGCAUGCUGUCCCUUACGUGAGUCCUGGCAUGGGAAUGAAUGUCAGUGUGACUGAUCUCUCGUGAUUGAUAAGAACCUUUUGAGUGCCUUACACAAUGGUUUUCUUGUGUGUUUAUUGUCAAAGUGGUGAGAGGCAUCCAGUAUCUUGAAGACUUUUCUUUCAGCCAAGAAUUCUUAAAUAUGUGGAGUUCAUCUUGAAUUGUAAGGAAUGAUGAAUUAAAACACAACAUCGGUUUCUACUCGAGUUACAGACGAAGCUUGGUGGACAUGCACAGCUAACAUGGAAGUACUAUAAUUUAACUGAAGUCUUUGUACAGACAACAAACCUGUUUCUGCAGCCACUAUUGUUAGUCUCUUGAUUCAUAAUGACUUAAGCACACUUGACAUCAACUGCAUCAAGAUGUGACAUGUUUUAUAAAAAAAAGAAAAAAAUUAAAAUUUAAAAAUAUUUUUAGGUAUUUUCACAAACAAACUGGCUUUUAAAUAAAUUUGCUUCCAUAUUGGUUGAAUAAGACAAAAAACAAUUAAACUGAGUGGGAAGUGAAUGAAAAAGGCUUUAGGUACCGGUUCCUUAUUUUUCAAAGCCAAAUAUGUAAAUGCUAAGGAAAGAAAACAAAGAGGAGAUUUCAAUCUUGUAACUUAAUAUUGUUAUUAAAACUUUAAUGUAUCCUAUUCUUUAACAUUUGGUGUUAAUAUAAAAUUACUUGGCAAUGCUUGACAUUUGAAAUAAACAUUUUUCUAUUGUUUUAUUUGCAAGUGGUCCAAUUAAUUUUGCUUAGCUACAGUUUGGUCAUAAAUCAAGUGAGUUUAAAGAUACUACCAACUUGUUAGGUGCCCAGAGAAAAUUUCUCCCUUUUAAAAGGCCAGGUGAUUUUUGAGGUAUAGUCCUGCCCCAGAGUAAUAUCUGAAUCUGUUUUUGACACAUCUAAAUAUAUAUAAAGAAAUGUUUGUUAACUCAAAAGCAUUUAAUCUAUGUAGAUUAAUGCUAAUAGAUUUUAAAAGCUAAUAUUAACAAUUAUCAGAAUCUGUGAAGUUCCAUUUUUAAAGUGUUUGAGCUUACAGAAGAGAAAUAUUCAUUGUAAAUGAAAUUAGAAAUGCCUUGAAAGUAAUUCUUAAAAUAGUUGCCCAUUGAUUAAAUACCAUAAACUAAAUAUAAUUUUACCUUUAAAAUUAUCAGAGCUGUCAUAAACCUUAUAUACUAUGACUAUUUUAAAUAUGUUUGAGUCACCUGCAAUAUAGUUUCAUUCCAUUGACAUCAAUUAUAAACAACCCUAAUAUAUUAUUUUUGUAUUUAUUCCUCAGGUGGAAUGGCUAUUUGAAUAUGCGCAGUGUGGAUAAUAUGUCACAUUUCUGUAGCUUUUGACUAAAGAACCUAUAUUUCUCUAGUUAAUGAAUUUAAGAGAUCUGUCUUUCCCUUCAUAAAAAUACCUCUUAUUUCCAUUAAAGCCCCUCAAAUUUAAUUAAUUUAGGAUUUUGAAUAAUUACUGACAUCCAGUUUUUAUUUUUAGUAUUUGUAUUCUUGUUAUUUCGUCAAGAAAGCCUUUGUGUAGCACUUGGUAUUUUGCAAAGUGCUUUUAAAACAUUCUUACUUACUGAAUUUCAUAGAAGGGAGGAAAAAUGUAGAGUUUAACAGCAACCACUUGCAUUGGCCAUGAAGGCAUGUGGUAUCAUGAUAUUCUUCACUAAAUUUAGCUGUCCCUAAUCACAGAUUCCAAGGUAAUACAAUAUAAUUUUAGUGUUUCUCUCCUCAUCAGGAAUGCUGGAGGUGCAUUUUAAGUUUUAAUAAUAAGUGCUAGAAUGACCAAAUUGCAGACUAAUUGUUUCCAUAUUGUAUUAAAAUGAGUUUUUAAAAAUGAAAAAGAAAUGACUAUAUACAAUUAAUGCUAUUUAUUGUACCUCUGGGCCUACUCUUCUAAAAAUUGUAGCUUAUCAAUUUUUCUCUGUCAAGCUUGAACUAAUGUAAAUAAUUGAAAUAAUGUAAAGUUAUAUUUUCAUGUUUUUAUAGAUACAACAUGACAAGAAUACAUAAUGUAAGAGUAUUUCAAGUAUGGAUAAUGUUGAUUGAAUAAUGCACAUCUCAAUUACAAGCAGUAAUCAUAGUUUAAUAUCCAUGUAACGGUGCAUCAAUAUAUUGCUAUAUAAAUAUGUCUGUGUGCAUAUAAGUGAAAAGUGGUCAAACAAGAGUGAUGACAGCUGUCUAAAGGUUUUUUUAUUCAUUUUAUAUAAAAACUGUUAUGGAAAGACCAAAAUGUUUAUGAAAUAUUCUUAUGUAAAUUUACAAUUGUCCUUUACUGUACUUUUUUGUUUACAGUAUAGUACCUUAUUUUCUGCUGUGUUAAGUGGGUGUCGAACUCCAAGAAGACAUACACUUUCUAUAAAUUCUAUUGAAGAUAUUGGAAUUUCCAAUUUUUCAUGUGUACUAUGUCAGAAAAUGCUUUCGAUUUUAUUUUUAAAUCUAACAUCGGAUGGCUUUUCUGGAGUGUUGUAAAAUCUUCAAUCAUACAUAAAACAUGUUCUUACAAAAG